AAAAUCAAGCUCCAGCCCAAAACCACUUUUCCAUUUCUUCUCCUUCUCCACUCUCAACCCAGACCCCUCUGCACAACUCAAACUCAACAACAAUGUCACGAAACUCCCUAAGAUUCGUCAAACUGAUUCGCUCUUUCUCCACCGAACCCUCUCGCCCCCAAAAAAUCAACCGCAUAGCAGACGAGCUUUUCAGCCUAAACAGAUUCGAACGCCACGACUUCACCCUCCUAUGGAGACUCAAAAUGGGCCUAGACCGUUACGGUAGUGCUCCAAUUGCCGGCGGCCUUGGUCCAUUAGGUCCUUCCGCGCCCGGGUCAGCUGCUGCAGAUGCAACCACCGCUCCUGCGGAGAAGACGGCUUUUGAUAUUAAGCUUGAGAAGUAUGACGCUGCGGCGAAGAUUAAGAUAAUUAAGGAGGUUAGGUCUUUUACUGAUUUGGGGUUGAAGGAAGCUAAGGAGUUGGUUGAGAAGUUUCCGUGUGUUUUGAAGAAGGGGGUUACUAAGGAAGAGGGGAAUCCUAUUAUUGAGAAGCUUAAGGAAUUGGGUGCCACUGUUGUACUUGAGUGAUUCUGUUUUUGGUGUUUGAUGAAAUGUGCAAUAGUUGUUUCGAGUUAUUUUUAAUCAUAUAUUCUUAUGGAAGAUGCUUUUGGAUUGGAGAAUAGCAAUUGAUGUUAAUAAUAAUUGAUGGUGAUAACUGAUA